AUGACAAUAACGGCCUACCCAACGACCUCGCCGUCCUCCUCCCCGGACAUCGCCAUCCUCAACCUCUCCCGCCUCUUCACCCGCCUCGAACACAACCUCCUCUCCCCCUCCGCAGACCUCAAAUCCCUCCGCCGAUCAGAGUACCAGCGCAUGCGCAUCGGAGCUAACGUCGACUACGCCCGCACCCUCCUCACCCAACUCGAACGCAGCCUCCCACACCUCAAACCCCUCGACCGCCGCCACGAGCUGCAGACAGACCUCACCCGCAAACGCGAGACCCUUAAGCUCCUCCAGGAUGUCGUCGACAAGAGCGCCGCGGACGCGGAGCUGCGGGGUGUCGCCGGCGCGCACGACGCGGACUUUGACUCCGACGAUGACGGCGACGAGGCGGAGGAGAUCCUGUUAGAUGAGGAAACGACCGGCCACGCCGACGCAGAGACCGCUACGCCCGAGACCGCCACGUCCGACGCAGACACAAGAGACACACCAUCCGAGGAGGACUUGGAAGGGGAGGAGGUCUCACCAGCUACCACCAUCACCACCACCACCACCACCACCACCGCAGCGACACCAAUCACAGCGACAGCGGCAGCAACAACGGCAUCGUCGUCGUCGCCCCCGCCAGCAUCAGCAUCAGCAUCAGCAUCAGUGCGACACCGGUACCGGCACCAGAAAACAUCCACGGCUCCGACGUCUACUCCGGCUACAACAACAGCAACCGCAACCGCAACCGCCACGGGGAUCUCACCGCCCGCGUCCAAACUCGCCGCUACGGAAGAGACGCUCUCCCUCCACCGCACCGAACAGGAGGACCUCACCGGCUCGCUGCUCUCGCUCGCGUCGCAGCUCAAGGCCUCCUCGCACGCGUUCCAGUCCAGUCUGGAGGCGGAGAAGUCAGUGCUGGCGCGCGCGGCGGAGGGGCUCGAUCGGACGACGUCCAACAUGGACGCGGCGGAGAAGCGGAUGGGGAUGCUGCGGCGGAUGACGGAGGGGAAGGGUUGGUUGGGGCGGAUGAUGCUGUAUGCGUGGAUUUUCGGGCUGUGGGUUGUGGCGGUGUUGAUUGUGUUUUUGGGGCCCAAGCUGAGGUUUUGA